AUGGGAUCACCGGCGCCAAAGUAUUUUUGGAUUGUCGUGACGUUUUCGGUAUCAUUGAGUGUCUACGGGUAUUUCUAUUUUCAAAGUCAUUAUACAGUUUAUGUCGAUGGACACGCUGUAAAUUUCCCGGGAGUGGAAGACUUUAUUCAACCGUUCAUAAGUUAUUUUCCUGAAACUUUUGCUGUUCCAGAUAAAAAAUUAAUUUCAUGUGGAAUUCCAAAAUCAAUGUCUCAAUUGACAAUCAAUAUAAUGUGUUUAUUGUAUGAUGAAGACAGUUUUAGAGCUGAACAUAACAGUUUGAGCGACAAUUGGUUAAAUACAACUCAUAGAUAUUGCUUAGAUAAAAGUGAGUUCCGAAAACCAACACCUCAACUGUUGAAUGACAACGAGACUGCACGGUUUGUUUUCAUUCGAGACCCGAUCCACAGAUUUGUUUCAUUGUAUUUAGAAAAGUGCUUUGGAACGGACUUAUAUUGUUUUGAUUGUGACGGCAACAUGAGAUGUUUCAUACAAAUAAUGUAUGAUGAAUUGAAAAAAAUUCAGAACUAUCGACAUGAAUUCCAGAAAUCUCCCGUCGUACCCAUUGUACAACAUGCUGCUCCUCUUUCUUGGAAUUGCAAGUUCGAUCAAGACCUAAAAAAAUGGCAUUUGCUGAUGAUAGGCUCAGAUUUUGAGGAAAGGAAAUCUUCGAUUUCACAUUUAACCAAUAUUUUGAGAAGACAAGGAAUUAACGAAAGUUUAGUGGAGAAAAUUCAAAAUGAUUCUUUAGUUGGUGAAACCCCUCAUUCCACCCAUACUUCUCCUCGUCGAGUCGAAGCUGAACGACAAGUACGUGAAGACCCAUUUAUUAGAGAUUUACUGCACAAAAUGUAUUUCUUCGAUUACCUGAUAUUCCCUUUCAAACGGGACGGUUUGGACGAAAAGUAUCGGACAAAUUUCUGGACUAUUCCAAAGUAA